GUGAAAGUUUGAGAGGAAGGAGUCGGACAACUUUUUCCUCCCGUUUGUUUUCAUGUUGUCUGACCAAGGUGUCUGUCUUAAAAAAAAAAAAAUCUAGCGGUUUUAUACGGCAGCUGUCAAGGAACUGCGCUCUCCGACCUAUGAGAUAUCGCGAGGACGAGGACAACGCGAGAAGAACGGGCCUGAAGGCUAGGCAUUGCAAUAUUCAUAUUUAACAACAACAACAACCUUUACGAAAAUUAUUGUUCCGUUGUGUAGACUAGAAGAAUGGUGAAAUAUGUGACAGUUUCACCCAGAGACACGGAUAUAACACGGGACUGUGAUAUACAGAAUGUGGCCACACUUCUCUGGAUAUAUUGCUGGCGGUGAAGAAGGGGCAGACCUUGUGAAUUCCACCCUUCAAACCUCAUCUCUCUGAAACCAAUAUUUUCUUAUUGAAGCGAUAACAUAUUUAAUUUCACAAAAUAAUGUAGCAAAAGGCUUAGCCUUGGAGAUAUUUGACCUCUUUUUAAACCCCAGUUGCCUGGGCCUGGUGGAUUGUCUUUUAAACUUUUUGUUUUAGAUGAGUACAAGUGCAACACGUCAGUUCACACUCAUUUGUAAAUUAUUUGACCAAUGUGUCGUGUUGUCCUCCAGUCAGUUACCUCAGCUGUGCAAUCACUUCAGGUUUCUGUUGAGUGUUUGAAGUGAUUUGACAGAUCAUAAAGUCAGUCAGCUCCCCUGGCCUAUCAGGAGGAUGAACGGCUCUCUUUUAACCCCGCCCAGCCCACGGGUGACAAACUCCUCUCCUUUACCUCCCUCUCCUUCCCCAUCUCCCUCCCCUCCAUCUCCCUCUUUGCUGCCACUGUCCCCCCGACCACCCCCUCUCCCACCUUUGGUGAGCCCUCCACCCCAGGCACACCCAUCUUCCCUCUCAGACACGCCCACACCAUCCCCAUCCCCUUGCCUGAGCUGGACCGAAUUCUGUGAACUCCAUGCCCGUGUUGCAGCCAGUGACUUUGCACGCCACUUUCGGGCUUUCCUCUUGGAAAACCCCCACUACUCCCCAGAUUCAGCAGCAGCCUUCUGCCGCCGCUUCACUGACCGGUUUGUUCGUCACUUUCAGAGUGAGCUGGAGGGGGCGCUGCCGCCAAGCUGUGCUUCUGGGAGGGAUGAAAUGGUGAUGUGGGCUCCUCAGUCAGAUGCUACUUCCCUGGAAGAGGAAGCGGUAUCACCCUUGUCAGCAACUGGGGGAGCAGUCCUUUCAUGUCCCUCGACUAACACAACACGGGCCUUAUCAAAGCCUGCACCAACACGGCUAGUGUUGGAGAACCGCACCACAGACAGGUUUCAAGAUUCUUAUGCCCAUGGGCAAGUCCUCCCUCCAUCUUCAUCAUCGUCAUGUUGUUCUUCAGUGGGAGGGAACAAUGGGAGGCGUGAAGAGAGAGGGGCCAUCAUUGCCCCUGGAAAUGGAGAAGCACCAGUUGAGGAAGAGGAGGACAUCUGGCCCGGAGUGGCAUCUGUGGGGGAAGAUGUUGAACCAGAUGAGCGGGAUGCAGAAUCCACAGAGGUGGACAGUGCUGACCCCUCCCACACUUCUCAGAUUCCACCUUCCUCCUCCUCUGUCACUCCUCCACCCACCUCCAAAGGUAACAGUAUGUCCAACUCCUCAAAAAACAAACUGAAGAAACGCUUUUCGCUGCGGAGUGUGGGUCGUAGUGUUCGGGGGAGUGUCCGAGGUAUCCUGCACUGGCGAAGCUCCUCCAGUGACUCAGCCCAGACCCAGCUGCCCUCCAGCUACAGCUACACAAUGGGUGUGCAAGAUGCUAGCAUGGUUUCAGCCUCCAAGAGGAACUCUGGUACACAGCCUCCUACACCCACCUCCUCCAUGCCCGUCUCUCUCUCCAUGCCGCUCUCUCUCCCUCACUCUUCCUCCUCCUCUCUGCCGCCGUCAUCCUCAAGCAGCGCCGCCUCUUUGUCUCUGUCGGACGCCGCUCGAGAUCGGCGGCGGAGCAACGGUGAAGGAAGCGAGAAGGAGAAGUGGAGCCAUCGUCUGGAGAAACUCAGACUCUCACGAUCCCCUCCUCCUGUACUCACCCCAACUGUUGCCGGCUGUCAUUCUGCCUCCUCCAUGUUGCCUCCCAGCAGCGCAGCUGUAAUGGGACAUCAGAGAAAGGUGGGCCGGUUGGUGCGAGAGGGUGGCGUGAGCAUUAGCUCAUCUAGCGACGAGUUAAGUGGAAGCUACGGCUUUUCUGGUUUCUCGUUUGGUCUACUGCAUCAUGGUACAGACAACAACAAUGCUGUGUCAGCCUCAUCUGCUUCAGUUCAGGCAGGUCCAGUGCAGCCACUGGUCAGUGGAGGGAAUAUGCCCUGGAGAGGAGGACGCUGGCAUAAAUGUCGUCUGGUACUCAGAGAGAGGGACAGAGAAGGUGGUGAGCAGGGAGAGGAGUACUACCUGGAAUUCUUCAUUCCACCAAAAUCAUCAAAGCCUCGGCUGACUGUCCCUUGCUGUUCAGUUGUGGAUGUGAGGAGCACCACUGCUCUGGAGGUCCCUGACAAGGAGAACACCUUUCUGCUGCAGCUGGAAGGAUCGGUGCAGUAUGUGAUCGAGACACGAGAUGCUGUACAGAUGAGAGCCUGGCUGAGCGACAUCAGGAAUGGCAUCUGUCUCAGUGAACACGAAGAUGCUGAAGGUGGAUGUGGGGGGCCAUCAGACAUUAGUGGGACACCUGAGAUUGUUGACCGUCUUUCACAAGUGUGUUAUGGAGGUAUUGGAAGCUCAUCACCUCUGAUGGAACCUCUCCCACCAGAGUUGCCUCCUCGAGCCCCUCUCGAUGAACCAGACAGCCGGAUUCUUGGGGGAGGCGGGGCUAGUCUGGGCACACCUUUUGCUGACACGCCAGAUGCCACAGGGUCCUUUCUGUUCUCUGAGGCGACAUAUGCUGAGGCAGUGGAACACCCUCUCAGUGAAUGUCAGUGGUUUCACGGCACCCUAUCCCGUCUCAAAGCCGCUCAGCUCGUGUUGGCUGGAGGUGCAGCGAGUCACGGUGUCUUUCUGGUUCGCCAGAGUGAGACACGGCGCGGAGAAUAUGUCCUCACCUUUAACUUCCAGGGCAAGGCCAAGCACCUUCGUCUCUCCCUGAAUGAGGACGGUCAGUGCCGGGUGCAGCACCUUUGGUUCCAGUCCAUCUUCGAUAUGUUGGAGCACUUCCGGGUGCACCCGAUCCCCUUGGAGUCUGGCGGUGCCUCAGAUGUGACACUCAUCAGCUUUGUGGGUGCCACCGCUAUUCGCCAGCCAGACUUGACCAGCAGACCCCGUAGUCCUCCUCAGCCUCCUCCUCUGCCACUGGGCCGGCCCCCGCCCCCAACUCCACCUCAGGAGAGGGGAAACGAGACAGAGCUGGGAGGAGUUGGAGGAGGAGCAACUGUGGGGACAAUUGCAGCAACAGGAGGAGGAGCAGGAAGUGGAGGCAGUGGAGGAGGAGUGGAGGACUGGGAGGAGAGGGACAGGGACACUCCUCUUCGCCAACUAGAAGCUGUAGAGGGAGAUGAGAGGGAUGGAGCGAGGGUGCCCCGAGCCAUCGAUAACCAGUACUCCUUCUUCUGAUGAAGGGAACGCCAGGAGGGAGAGGAGGAGCACAUGUGUGCAUCUUUGUGUGUAUCCAACAGUGUGUGUGUGUGUGUGUGUGUGUGUGAGUGAAAGUGAGAUUGGAUGAGACGGUGUACAUCAUAGCCAUUCAUAACCAGUAUUUUUAUUUUGUUAGCAAGGUGGAGGAGAAGAGGAGGAGGAGAUGUAAAGGUACUAACACUAUAUGAGAGAGUUAGAGAGAGAGAAGGCUAAGCAGACGGAGAGACGGGUGAGAGCAGCUUUACAACACUAACUAGCGGUACAUUUCUUCUCGGUUUUCUAGUCACAUAAGCUUUGUUUUGCCGGUAUGCCUCACAACAGGCUCUUUCUUAUAUGUGCAAGUGAACAGUAGUGAGAGCUAGAGCCCUGUGAAGCCAGCAGGCCUAAUACCUCACGGUGGUCCUGCCAUGAUAGCACAUGUUAGCCAGAGGCCAAACAUACUCUACAGAUGUUUCUACUGUGGCAAGCAGACCCGGUACAUUACACUCUCACUGAUACAGAGACAACAUUCAAGCAACAUUUAUUAAAAGCACUGUAAUGGCCUAAAGGUUCCACAUGUAGCAAAAAUAACAUUAAUAUUACAUGAUGUUAUUGUGUGAUUGAAUGUAUAAUAAUACUAACACUAAUAACAAUAUAUUGAUUUACAAUGUUUACUGCUUCAGUGCCACAUGUCCAAUGUGAGUUUGACCCCAUUUACACUGAGCCAAUUUGUGCAUCUUUGCUGGAUUGGCUGUCCAGUAUCAAAAAAGCCACAUGUAAAUGCAACUAAGAAGCAUCAUGGACACACUUUUAAAAGUCCUAAAUUCAUUUGUCUCCUCAAGACCUAUAUUUCAAUCGUGACUAUGUUCUGUGGAAAUAACCUCUGCAGGCUGCUAAAAUUACAUUGAGUUAAAUUAAAUGACAUUAAAAUGCUCUGUUAUUGUGCCUGUCCAAGAUAAGCGGACAGUAAAAAUGAAGAAAUUGUUUUAUGGUGUUUGAUAUCUGAUUCCUGAUCAGCUUAAUUACUCAAAUGCCUUAGUUUUUCUUCUGGUGUUUUGGCCAAUACUAAACAGUUGCAUGUGCAUUGCCACAACCCCCUAGACUGGAGUAGGACUGACUAGAGUGUGGAUACCCAAACCAAGCCGGAACAGGACCUGUUGGUACCCAUAGGACCGGGUAAAUUUAGGCUAGACAACCAGAGCACUCAAAUGUCUGCUUUGUUUAAAGGUCACAAAUUAUGCUUUUUUUCAGGUUUAAAUAGUUACUUAAAGGUUAUACUAGAAAACGUUUAGACGCUUGUACGUACAUUAAGUUCAUUAGUUUCCUUAGAGUGCCAGUAGCACCAGACCCUCUUUUCACCUUUCUGUGAACAUGCUCUGUUUUUGCUCCUGGCCUCCCACUUUUGUUGCACUUAGGAAGAGUUGUCUAAUAGAGGAACACCAGUAACAUGUUUACACAACGUUUAGUGCUGUUACAAUAAUUACUCACAGGAAAUUUGGCUUAAAAAAAGCUUCACACAAGUUCUCCAGUACAUUCUGACGGUUCAUCAAUGCUACUAGCCCGAACACUUAACCUGUUUCUGCCAUUUGGCUUGUAAUACAAGCCACUGUUACCCACCUUACCUGCGCAAUAUUACAUUGUGGCUAAGAUAAAUAAGCUAAUUUCAUCCACAAAGCAGUAAAAUAACUUUAAAAUAGCAACACUUACAGCAUCAGGAUGUGAGUGAGGUAGACUCACUGACAGUUGGAAUAGAUCCACUCUUGAGCUUUAGUCUCGAAGUAAAUCCAGUGUUGUACUGACCCUUGGUGAGAAAACACUCUGACAUGAAAUGUUAUGUGCCAAUCAUGAAAUGAUUGGCACAUAACAUGCGAAGCUUUAGAGGUAUCUUUAGGAACAUUUAAACAAUAAAUAUACGAUAUCCACUGUGUCUUCACUGGCUCUGAAGAUGGAAUUACAUAGAGACAUUUGUGCUCAUUUGUGCAACCAACACAAACAACUGAGCAUAAUCCAUGCUUUCCUCUGAGCUGUGCCAAUCACAGCAGUGGACCGGUAGCGCCAAAAACGGUUCUGAGCGGGAGGAGGAUCUGGGAAAUGAACUGCUGUGUCAUAAAGCGGCAAAUCUGAACAGCGUGUUCGAUCGGGGGUUUUUACAAAUGCUGAAGAAACCAAAACAGGCAGGGACUGCUCUUUUGUCAUGUUUUGUGUGUCUCUACACACACCAGAGGACCCAUGUGAAUGUCAGAAAACACUCUGAAACUGAAUUUUGCAUAAUAUGUGUUCUGUAAUGAUAAGGGGAAAAACACUACAAACUCAACUGCGUCAUGCUCGGGACAUUAUACACUCUAAGCUUGUCAGGUCAGGUUUGGGCGCCACACUCUUGGGUAUGGGUCGGAUUUGGACAGAAAUAUGGGGCCCAAUCCAUACUCUAGGGCUGACCCUGAUUUUCAUGAGUCAGAUUUGUAAUCUAGCUAAGUGUGAACAAGUUAUAUUAACCCGCUUUUGGACUUUAUCCACAUUCAACACACAAGUGUAAGUGGGGUCACUGUCAAAUUAGAGUGACAGAAAAGCCAAUAAGACACUAAAGUUGACAUCAGAAUAGUUUGACAGUUCCAUCUGCCAACUAGUCUGUGCCAGGCAAAGAAACCACAAAUCAUGUAAGCUUCAGGUGGAGAAUAAGGGAUGAAUGGGAUGACGAUCAGUCCCAUUUCAGUGGUGAAUGAAUAUAUUAUAGUCACUUUUGGGGUUCAGCUGUGGGACUGUGUGUUUGUCCACUUUGUGUAUAUUGAACAUCGGUAGUCCCACUGAACUGAAUGUAUGUCAAGCUGAUAUUGAAACCUUUGACCAGUCACUGGCAAAGCUUAAAAAUAAGGUACAGGUUGGAAACAGCAGAAUUUAUUGGUACAACCUCUGAGUAGUAGCUGACAGCUUUAUUAAUGGUUAAUACAUUACUUAUUUGAGCUGUAUAGAGCAGUUAUAAGCCAAAAAUAACUUUUGGCAGACAUGGUAACUUUUUGGUUGGUCUGACAGUAAUACAGUUAUAAAUGUUGGUAAUCCUGUUCGAGUCCUAAUUGAUCUCCUUUCUAAUAAGUCAUGGGUUUUCAACCAGUGGUCUGUGGUCCAUGAAGACAUUGCAGGUGGUUUCUGACCAUGCAUUCAAUAUUGUAGUUUGACUGUAGGAAUCUUUUUUUAUAUUACUGUUUAAGACGUAUUUCCAUGUAUUACUCAUUGUAGGGGGAUUAUCAAAUCCCUCCAAAUCUGUACAACUUAGAAAAGCCCAGGUGACUUGUGUUUAAAAUAGUGCCCAUCCGGUCUAUCCGCCCCACAGCUGUGGUCCUUAGGUUAAUUCUUUGAAUGGUGGUCCCUGGGUCACACUUAUUUGAAAACCCCUGUAGUAAGUCAAAGCAUUAGUAAAUCAUUAAUUAACUAGUAAUAAAGCCAUUAGUCACAACUUACAAACCCCAUUAUAAAGGAUGGCAAGCAUCGAAAUAUAUUAUUUUUAACAGGCUUGUUACUCAGACAUUUUUAUUAAUUUAUUAAGUAAAGCCUUAUUAAAUGAUUUAACUGUUAGUAAAUGAUUUCAAAGGUGAGACAAAAAUUCAGUUUUCUGCCAUAAUAACUUGCAUAUUAGCAAACAUGAUCGGGCAAGCAUAAACAAACUUUAUUGCCAAGUAUUAUUGAAAAUACAAGGAAUUAUCAAAUCAAUUUUUUAUUAGCACAAUCUGUUGGUCACUACUGGUGAGUAGUAGUGAAAAGCUCAGUAGGAAAUUAGCCUGAAAUUAAUCCAUUUUUGAUCAUUUCAUUUUUGAUAAACAGCUGUUCAGCAUAAUUGGUUUCAACUUUUCAACUGUAAAAAUGUAGUGCUUUUCUGUUUAUUAUAGUAGGCUGAGUACAAUUUUGUUUGGUAGGAUACGUCGUACUCUGGCAUUUUGUAGACUGUACAAUAAUUGAUACAGAUAAUCAUUGGUUGCAUUGUGUGCUGAAGUUCCUACAACCCCAAAUCAGAAAAAGUUGUCAGUAUGUAAAAUCAAAAUUAU